AUGGCUUGUCCUCCACGAGAUGCCUUCCAAAUCGGCUGGAUCUGCGCCCUUCCGACCGAGGCUGCCGCUGCUACCCAAAUGCUAGAUGCGAAAUUUGGGAUUCUCGAGGAGCAAGAUGCAGCAGACUCGAAUAGUUACACACUGGGCCGAAUCGGCAAACACCACGUCGUGAUCGCCUGCCUCCCUGGAGGCCAGUACGGAACUACCUCGGCUACUACGGUCGCAAACAACAUGCUUCGUACCUUCUCCAAGUCACUUCGAAUCGGGCUGAUGGUCGGUAUCAGGGGUGGAGUUCCUUCUGCUCAUGAUAUCCGGCUUGGCGAUAUCGUCAUUAGUUAUCCACAAGCGGAGUGGGAAGAGAUAAGAGGUGACCGCGAGGAUAGUGAUCCACAGCCCCACUACGGUAUUAUUGCUUCUGGUAAUAAAGUCAUCAAAGACGGGCGGACAAGAGAGCAGAUUCGUUCAGAGACUGGAGCAUUGUGCUUUGAAAUGGAGGCAGCUGGUCUGAUGUUGGACUUUCCGUGUGUUGUCAUCCGCGGUAUUUGUGAUUAUGCCGACUCGCACAAGAACAAGGAAUGGCUGGGGUAUGCUGCCUUAGCAGCAGCAGCAUACACUAAAGAGCUGCUGGAGUAUGUUCCUGUUGGCCAAUUAUCACAGGAGAACUUGGUAGUAAAUGCAUAA